CGGUAUAGGACGGACGCGUCUUGAUUUAAAUGAAUUAUGUAGCGAUGUUUUGUCACACGGAUUAAAUUAAAGUGAAUAGUGUGUGUUCAAGAUGCAUGAAAUGUUCACGAUAUUUAUUCAACUGUUCUUCACUUUUCAGGUUGUUACCAGCCUGCGAGACGUGCGACUUCUCGUAGAACCCACAACUGUGGUGAGAGGCGGUAUAGCAGCCCUCAUCUGCUCUCGAGACAUGCAGGGGGCGCCACUGUACUCUGUCAAAUGGUAUAGAGGAAAUCACGAGUUCUACAGAUUCACACCAAUGGAGGAACCCGACACCAGGGUGUUUGGAUUACCAGGGAUAUAUGUGGAUAUGAACCGCUCAAACGGCUCCCAAGUUCUUCUACGAAGAAUGGAUUUAGGUCUGGCUGGUAACUUCAGCUGUGAAGUGACAGCUGAUUCGCCGUCCUUUGUAACGCAGAUUGCCACGAAGUAUAUUGAUGUAAUUGCGCUGCCAACUUCGAUACCAGUUCUCAAAGCAGAUAAGGACCGCUACCAACCUGGAGAAACUUUGCGAGCAAACUGUACCUCACCACCUGCUAGACCUUCUGCAAACCUUACUGUAUAUGUCAAUGAGGAAGCGGUUCGAGCAACAGAAACGAGCCUUCAUUCAUCAGAUGUCGGCCUUUUCACAACGAAAGUGAAUAUAGAGCAAAAGAUCACCCCGGAUUUGUUCCCUGGUGGUCGGCUUAGGCUGGCAUGCUAUGCUACUUUAUACAACGUUUAUAAUAAGUCUGCCAAGCUGGACUUUCUAACACCGGAGACCGAUCCGAGGCCAGAAAGAAUAACGCUCAACGGUGGCGCAUCGACGACGUUCUUAAAUUGGUUUCUACUCAUCUUGCUCUUUUUUCUUCCAAUGGUAAUGGCGGAGGACUACGAUUUGUCAUAUUAUGAGGACUUUGAUGUUAAUCAAGACGAUGCCAUGGUAUCUUUACUUGGGAUAUAAAUAUAUAACUUAUUAUUUACGAUAUUAUCACUUUACGGAUUUAAUGCGAUAAAUUACCACAAUUAUUUUUUAAAAAUCACCCGAUUUUUUUCACACAAUAUAAGGUGAAAUAUGAUGAACCUUUUUACAUAAAUUCAAUUACAUUGUGGCCCAAGAAUCUUGGCCUCAAUGAACUUAAUUAUCAUUUCUGUCUGUGAAAUACCACACACAUAUAAAUAAUACUGUAUACUGUAUAAUGAGUUAAUAUAUCGGUAUAGAGUAUGAAUUUACAAAUGACACCGACGGAAUUCGAAUGUAAGGUCUCAGUGUAAAAGAUAAUAGUAUGCAAAAAUAACAUCAAUUUAAUUUGUGAUAAUUAAACGCAAUAUAGUGCAAUCGCUUAAAGUUGAUGUUUGGAAAUUUUGUCAGAAUGUACUAUUAAUUAUAUGAUUUUUUUCAAUUAUUGUCUUCUAUUAUUAAAAAUAAACACAUUGUAUCGUAUCUAUAUUAAUUGAACGUUUUAAAUUAGUUGGCGUAGUAUAAUGGCUGGCAAAAUAUAGUAUAUAUUAACGUGAUCCGGCUGCAAUAUUGCUAAGAUUUCUUGACAAACGAAAUUGUAUACAUAUUUCUGUUAAAUGGGUCACGAAAAUUGCAUCUCUUCAAUCAUUUUUAUUUAAGAGAAAAAAUAAGUGAUAAGCUUUCUGUUUUUGACACAUGUCACCAAUUUUUGGGUUUGAGAAGCAAAUGCUAAUAGAAUUGUAAAAAAAGUAGUUUGACUCGAUCUCUAUGGCGUACAUGGAACAUCCUUCAUUCCCCUAAUUUCCCAUUUGCGGAGGUUUCGGUUUCGAACAGUUGAUUUUAUAUAAGACCGGGACAGUCCCGUGGGAAGAAAACCUGACGCGUCUGACGUAGGUAUAUGCCUAAUUGAUGUAUUGACUUUUAACUAUAAAUAUUGUGUACUGAUCGCAUAUAUCUUUAAUUUAAUUAUUUAAUUUACCUUUUCGUCAAAAAACUUUUCGUCCAAUGAAAUAAUUGAAUUUUGACCACGAACUAACUCGUACUUAAACUUGUCUUUAAGAGUAAUAUUCUGACUGGAGAGCGAAAACUACAAAUAAAUCAGCCGUAUGCACACAGAGUCCUCUAUUAAACUUUAUUUAAUGGUACAUAUCUAAUGAAAAUAAGUGAACAGUGCAACUCAAAUAGGUAUACAAUAACACUUCCGUGUUUUCUCUUUAUCUUUCUGAAAAACAUGUAACGGCCGACUACGUCUCUACUAAUAAUGGGAGUCCAAAGGCUGCUGUAGUUUUCUUUUAUGUAUGUUGGCUACGUCCACAGGUCGCUCUCUAUUAUAAAUAAAAAAGUUAUAAUUACCUUAUGCACCGAGUUAUUGGAAGACAAAUAUUACUAAACUGUCAAAGCCUGUAUACUACGCCGUAAUUUCUAAGUUUACGUUUAGAGAUGACUGAUUUUUACAUUAAUCAAAAUAUUGUUAUUAUUUUUAUCCUGUGUAAUGAUUCUUAAUUUAAAAUGGUGUACAUAUUUUGUAAAUACAGCGUAUAAGUUAAUAACAAUUUAAGAUUUGCCUUUUGCAGUAAGAAUACAUUGGUACUAAGGUACAGUAAUUUUCGUAAAUAAUAUAAAUCUUAAAAUGAGUCUACUAUUAAUGUCUGAAGGUCGAAAAGUUACCAGA